CCUCCCCCUCCGCCUUUUCGAUCAGGGUGGGAGGGAGAAAGGAAGGAAACCUUAACGGUCGACGCCAGGUGCCGGGGAAACCCUGAGGGCGAGUCGGCUUCGCAGGCCUGAGAGGGGCGAGAGUGGGCUGUAAAAAAUGGUGAAAGAAACCACUUACUAUGAUGUUUUGGGGGUCAAACCCAAUGCCACCCAGGAAGAAUUGAAAAAGGCAUAUAGAAAAUUGGCCUUGAAGUACCACCCCGAUAAGAAUCCAAAUGAAGGAGAAAAGUUUAAACAGAUUUCUCAAGCUUAUGAAGUUCUUGCUGAUUCCAAAAAAAGGGAAUUAUAUGAUAAAGGAGGCGAACAGGCGAUUAAAGAGGGUGGAGCAGGUGGUGGUUUUGGCUCACCCAUGGAUAUCUUUGAUAUGUUCUUUGGAGGAGGAGGAAGAAUGCAAAGAGAAAGGAGAGGUAAAAAUGUUGUUCAUCAGCUCUCAGUGACCUUAGAAGACUUAUAUAAUGGUGCAACAAGAAAACUGGCUCUGCAAAAGAAUGUGAUUUGUGACAAAUGUGAAGGCCGCGGUGGUAAGAAAGGAGCAGUAGAGUGCUGUCCCAACUGUCGGGGGACGGGCAUGCAGAUAAGGAUCCAUCAGAUUGGACCAGGAAUGGUUCAGCAAAUUCAGUCAGUGUGCAUGGAGUGCCAGGGUCAUGGAGAACGCAUCAGUCCUAAAGACAGAUGUAAAAGCUGCAAUGGAAGAAAGAUAGUUCGAGAGAAGAAAAUUUUAGAAGUACAUAUUGAUAAAGGCAUGAAAGAUGGUCAGAAGAUAACAUUCCACGGUGAAGGAGACCAAGAACCAGGACUGGAGCCAGGAGACAUUAUCAUUGUGUUAGAUCAGAAGGACCAUGCUGUUUUUACAAGGCGAGGAGAAGACCUUUUCAUGUGCAUGGACAUACAGCUGGUUGAAGCAUUGUGUGGCUUCCAAAAGCCAAUAUCUACUCUCGACAACCGAACCAUAGUCAUCACCUCUCAUCCAGGUCAGAUUGUCAAGCAUGGGGAUAUAAAAUGUGUGCUAAAUGAAGGUAUGCCAAUAUACCGUCGGCCAUAUGAAAAGGGACGUCUAAUCAUUGAGUUUAAGGUAAACUUUCCUGAAAAUGGCUUUCUCUCUCCUGAUAAACUCUCUUUGCUGGAAAAACUC